UAACGUUCAUAUUAUACAAUUGAUAAUUAAGGUUCGUCGCAUAAUGAAAGUCUAUGUGUACGUGACUUUUCAAAGCCAUUUCUGUGGUCACAAGUAUGGUAAACACAUGUUGCAUUGUCCUAUGGAAAAGGACACUUGAGAUAUUUUUUAUAUUCUUUCGAGGGUUUCUCGGUUUUAUGACUCUAAAGAAACUAGAGAUUACAUUUUCUUUCGCUAUUCUACUUGAUUUAUGGCAAUUCUAAGAAAUGUUGAUUUUCAAAUACAUAUUCAGAAUUUGGAAACUAUUAAACCGUGAAGUAUUAUAUUUUACAAUAGCCAAACUUUCUUGUUUAGUCUCGUCAAUAUUUGUCUAAAGUCGUGAGAAAAUACUAAAAAUAAUUAAGUUUAUUAACGAAAUAUUAUAAUUUCGCGCUUCGAUAACUCGUGAAUCGAUAUAUCGAAAGUUAACGAGCGAGAUGGUAGUCGCUCGUAACAUAUGAGAUAGAAAGACGCCAUAUCAACAUUUUUCAUCAACGAAAAAGAAAAUAGUUUAAAAUCGAAUGUUUAUAGUUUAUAAAUAAACAAAUUAAAGUGUUAAUAAUUUCCCCUUCCGUUUCGAAAUUUCCUGCUAGUUGAAAAUUUCCCUCGUGUUUUUUUAUCUGUCGAAAAUUUGUCCAGCAGUCGUCGAAAAACGUGUGGUGUGAACUGUGAAAACGCUUUGUUAUGACGUCACGUCAUUUAAACACAAUUUUUAGGUCGUCACAAAUAAUUGUUUUAUCUCUUGAAAUAAUGACAAAUUAAAAUCUAUUCGGUUAUUAUCAGUGUUUAGCAAACAAAUUUGUCUUUCGUCUAGUUUCUAAAAAGUUCCGCGGGUGUUUAAAAAAAAGACUUUCGCGCUAGGUGGAAAGUAAAUUAUGUUUUGAUAAUUAUUUUUCGGAAGAUAAUAAUAAAUAAUUGCAAAUAAAAAUGCAAAGCUGCUCAAUCGAAGGUUGUCAGAGUUAUAAAAGUAUCCAGUGGAAGCCAGUGGCAUAUUUCAAAUUUCCAUUUAACAAUAACAAAUUAAUGAUUGCAUGGCUCUCGCAAAUUGAUCAAAAGAAUUUCACGCCGACAAUUCAGGAUCAAAUAUGUAGUACGCAUUUUUUAAUUGAGGACAUUGAGCCAACGUCAAUUGGUCGUUAUCCAGUUUUAAAACCCGAUGCAGUACCAAGUGUAUUUCCUGAAAAAGAGACGACAAAUUCUUCCGAAAAUGUCCCAAAUCCAAUUCAAUCGCCAAAAUUCGAGACAAUUUUAAUUCCCGACUAUUCGAAUAAGCAAAUUCCAAUUUUACCGAAACCAACGACAAUUGGAAAAACGCCAAUUUCUUCAUCGCCAAUUCAAUUGCAAACGCCGACGAAUCAACAACUUCAAUUUCCAACUUCGCCAAUUCAAAUUGUAAAUCCUCUGCUUUCGCCGAUUUCGCCGCAAAAAAUUUUGAAAAGAACGUCGACGCCGAAUUUAGCGAAAAAAAGUUCGAAGGCAAAUGGAAAAUUUAGCACAACAACAACAAUGUCGCCUGUGAAACAUGUCUCGCAAUUACAGGAGAGUUUGGAGAAUAGAAAAAAUAUUGCGUCAAAAGGAACGACGAAGCAAAAUGAAAUGAAAUUGAAUUCACAGGAAACGACGAGACGACCGAUUUUGAAAAUUUCGAUAAAUAAAUUAAAUGAUGAAUCGUCGGGGAAGGAAGUGAAAGGAGGAGGAGGCGUGAAGCAUAAAACGGAAGAAUAUAUUGUUAAAAGUUUAAAGAAAUCUGUUAUUUUUCGACUCGAUCCUUCGGGGAAAAUUGUCGUUGAAACAUUGAAAAAUAAACCAGCGCCGAAAUCGAGGACAAAAUCAAUUCUGAAGACGAGUCCAAAACCAAUUGUUGUUAAGGAACGGGAAAACUCAAUUAGGAAAAGCCUCGAUCCAAAAGUAUCGAAUCUAAAGAAUCUGUACAACAAAGCCCAAGAGGAUUGCGAGAAAUUGAGUAAAAAAUUAUCGAAUCUAAAGAAGCGUCAUCAGGAGGAGCAGGAGCACAUUCUCAAACUACAGGGUUUAAUAUCGCUACCAAAAAAAUUGGAGGACUCAUUCAAUACAACUUUAUUACCAAAUCAAAUUGAAAUAAAGAAACGAAAAAUAAUUGUCACAAAAAAUGAAGACGAGGACGAAUAUGAAAAAUUAUUGCGCGAAGUGAGAAAAAUAAAGAAUGAUCAUGAGAAAAAAUCAAUGGUAACGAAAGUGACGAAUAAGGAAAUUGUUAAUAUCAAGAGGGAACAAUUGUCACUUGAUUAUAAUGAUGAUGAGCCAAUUGUCACGCAAGACGAAACAAUAAACACAACAAUGAGCAAUCGUGAUCAUAAAAAGAAAUUACAGAAAAAAGUCACAUUUAUGAAGCAAGCGCUACAGGAGCAGAAAUUUGUUGCUACGCCGGAAGUGAUAAGGAGUAAUAGUUUUACGCAAGGAAAGGAUUUUCUUCGAGUGAAUAAAAGGGAAAAGGAAGAAGAGGAAGAAGAAGAAGUUGUUAGUGAAAUUGCCAAAAAUGACGAGAUUGUCGGUGUUAUUGAAGAAGAGGUCGAUUUCGAUUCCGACGAUGAGAUGAAUUUCGAGGUGGAAUAUUUGGAUCCCGAAUUUGUAGAUUGUUAAUUUUUUUUCCUGUUAAGAACCUUUUUUACUAACAAAAAAACAAAAAAACAGUUUUCUUUUUAAAAAAUACUUUUUUAAAUCGACUUUUUAGAAAAAACUUUGAAAAAAGCGUUUU